GAGAUUCACAGAGGCAAGGCUGAGAACAAGCCCUGUGCUCAUUGCUUCUUUCCUCCAACCUCUUAGCAGUGUGGACACUGAUUAACUACAGCUGGGAUCUAGUGUGCCCAGCCUGUCUUUGAAAUCGAUCAAUGCGUUCCUUCUCAAGGAAUGCUCCCCCCUAACUGCGGAGGGGGAGGUGGUGGCUGUGGUGGUCCUCUCCAACAUGGGCGUCCUGGUUCUGACUGCCUAAGAGAAGGUAUUACAAGUGGAUAAAUAAUGUGCACUGCUCUGAGCCCAAAGGUACGCAGCGGACCUGGCCUCUCUGAUAUGCAUCAGUAUAGCCAAUGGCUGGCCAGCAGACAUGAAGCUAAUUUGCUACCGAUGAAAGAAGAUCUGGCCUUGUGGUUAACCAAUCUAUUAGGGAAGGAGAUAACAGCAGAAACGUUUAUGGAGAGACUGGACAAUGGUGCCUUGCUCUGUCAACUUGCAGAAACAGUUCAGGAGAAAUUCAAAGAGAGCCUGGAUGCUACUAAGCCCAUAAAGAAUCUGCCCUUGAAGAAGAUUCCAUGCAAAGCCAGUGCACCCUCAGGCUCCUUUUUCGCACGAGACAACACAGCAAAUUUCUUAUCCUGGUGCCGAGAUUUAGGGGUAGAUGAAACAUGUCUAUUUGAAUCAGAAGGUUUGGUUCUUCACAAGCAACCCAGAGAAGUGUGUCUCUGUUUGCUAGAGCUGGGCCGGAUUGCAGCCAGGUAUGGUGUGGAACCUCCUGGUUUGAUAAAAUUGGAAAAAGAGAUUGAACAAGAAGAAACACUUUCUGCCCCUUCUCCUUCACCGUCUCCUUCAUCAAAGUCUUCUGGAAAAAAGAGUACAGGAAACUUACUGGAUGAUGCAGUGAAAAGGAUUUCUGAGGAUCCUCCUUGCAAAUGCCCAACCAAAUUCUGUGUGGAGAGGCUCUCUCAAGGAAGAUACCGAGUGGGAGAAAAGAUCCUCUUCAUUAGGAUGCUGCACAACAAACACGUCAUGGUUCGUGUGGGAGGCGGAUGGGAAACUUUUGCAGGGUAUUUGUUGAAACACGACCCCUGCCGGAUGCUGCAGAUCUCCCGUGUGGAUGGCAAAACCUCCCCCAUCCAGAGCAAAUCUCCAACCCUUAAGGACAUGAAUCCAGAUAAUUACCUGGUGGUCUCUGCCAAUUAUAAGGCUAAGAAGGAGAUUAAGUGAAACUAGUUGGUCACGCCAAGGGGACUCUCAUAAUGGCCUGUAUCCACUUCUCCAGUGUAGUCAGUUUAGUUCACAUGCUCUGAAAUUUACUUUGGAAAAAGGAGUAACACACAGAAAAAUGUCAUCACGUUGAAACACGUUCAAAGAGUAGCACUAUUUAUUUUAAUGCUUUUGUAGAAAAUGACCUAUGAAAAGAAAUUCUAAACUCAGAUUUAGAUCAGACAAACUGUAGGCGAAUUAUUACUUCUGAAUAGGUGAACACAGUAUUUAGAAUUCAGUAUUAGGAAUACAAUUCUGACUAGAGAUAAAAACUGUCACUAGAAGGAAAUUUUUAGGAUUUACAGAUAAGUAAACAGAAAGUGCCUGUGUUAAGUCUACAGAGUAAAAGCACCCCAGACAUUUUAUAAUUGCAGGAUUUUUAAGCUCAUUUUUUAAAAAGUGACAAUUAGUAUGCUAAUGUGCUACUAAAAAUAUCCAACAGCACUAUGAGUAAGUGCGGAGUAUACACAAUGACGAUACUCUCUUGGAAAGGCCACUUCAGAAAAGUUUACAUUCACUUGGAAGAUUGCCUUAACAUUUAUCCCUUAUCUAUGACCAAACAUCCAAACAUCUGGGGUACUUUUGGAAGUUUUCAGUACACCCCUUAGAAAAUCGCUUAUGAAUCGCCCCACACAUUCCUAAGAAACAUGGCUGUGUUGAGUCACCCACAUAAGCUGACAUACAUUUAUAUUUUGAGAGUAAAUUGUACAGUCAAAUGUUGACUUCAUGUUAUUUUAAAGCAUUCUUAUUAAAAUAUACCUUUAGUUAAUCCUACUUUGCUAUGCUGUCUAGUCAAGUCAAUUCACUGUAGCUAAUAAUGUUACAGACUUAUGUAUACCCUUGUACACCUAGGACAGAGCUGUUUUGUACCUAUAAACAGCAAAAUAUUGUCCUUGAUGAUUCAAAAAUUAAAGAGAUAAA